GUGUAUAUAAAGCACGCUGCUCUGUCUUUCCUCUUCAUUGUCUCUCUCCUCUUUCUCUCUCUCUCUCUUCUCUUCCUCCGUGUUUUCUUCUUCGUCGGGUUCCCCCCUCUCUCCUUCGCUCCACCAUGAGUUGCCAUAGCGACGUUUACUCCACGAGCUCCUACCGGAAGUUCUUCGGGGACUCCUCACGCGUGUCUGCGGCUCCGCUGCGCUCCUCGGCGGGUCACCGGGCUUAUGGAGGCGCGUACCGGAGCCGGGCGUCCUCGGGUCUCCUCGCCGCCUCCUCGGCGCGUGACGCGGCGGAUCUCGCGCACUCUGCGGCGUCGACCACCGAGCUGAAGAUCGUGCGCACCAACGAGAAGGAGCAGCUGCAGGGCCUCAACGACCGUUUCGCCGCCUUCAUCGAGCGCGUGCGCGAGCUCGAGCAGCAGAACCGCGCGCUCGAGGCCGAGGCUGAUGCGCUGCGCCGCAGCCUGGGCUCCGAGCCCGCGCGCCUCCGCGACCUCUACGAGCGCGAGCUGCGCGAGAUGCGCGAGCGCGCCGACCAGCUGGAGCGCGACCGCAGCCGCGCGCAGCUCGAGAACGCGCGCCUCGGGGAGGCGCUCACGAACGUCCAGGAGAAGCUGCGCGACGAGGGCCGCCGGCGCGACGAGGCCGAGACCGAGCUGCAGCACUGCCGCAGGGAGGCGGAGGACCGGGCGCUGCAGCAGCACGAGCUUCAGAAGAGGGUGGAGUCGCUGCUGCAUGAGAUCGAGUUCGCGCGCAAAGUGCACGAUGAGGAAGUGCGCGAGCUGCAGGCUUCACUGCAAGCAUCUCAGAUAAGUGUGGAGAUGGAUGUGGGUAAACCCGAUCUCACGGUGGCCCUGAAGGACAUCCGGGCGCAGUACGAGGUCCUGUCUUCAAGGAACCAGCAGCAGGCGGAAGAUUGGUACCGCUCCAAGUAUACCAGCGUGACCGGUGCGACAGCACGCGAUGCAGACCUUAUGAAACAGACCAGAGACGAGCUGAGUGCAUGCCGGCGUCAGGUUCAGGCUCGUACGCUGGAGAUCGAAUCCCUACGCAAUCACAACGAAGCGCUGGAGAGGCAGCUGGCCGAGAUGGAGGAUCGUCACAGCACGGAGAUCGGAGAGCUGCAGGAGACGAUUGCUCAGCUAGAUGAUGCUCUGCACAGCACUAAAGGAGAAAUGUCCCGUCACCUGCGCGAGUAUCAGGACCUGUUGAACGUCAAGAUGGCACUAGACAUCGAGAUCGCUGCCUACAGGAAGUUACUAGAGGGUGAAGAGUGCCGUCUGGGCAAUGUGGGCGUGACCUCAAUCCAUCCCACCUACUCCGCUGUUUCCUAUUCGCCCGGACGUGCUUAUACCCUGGGUGCUUACAUGAGGGGCAUGGCCAAACCUGAGAGUGAGGAAGAAGAGGAGGAAAAGGAAGCAGAGGAAAAGGAAGAAGAAGAAGAGGAAGGAGGAGAAGAAGAAGGCGAAGAAAAGGAGAAGGAGGAGGAGGAGGAGGAGGAGGAAGAAGAAGAAGAGGAAGGAGGAGAAGAAGAAGAGCAGGAAGAGGAAGAGCAGGAGGAGGAGGAAGAAGAGAAAAGGAAGGAGACAAAGGAACAGGAAGAAGACAAAAAGAGUGAAAUGAAGGAGCAGGAAGAAGACAAGAAGAAGGACAAGGAGAUGGAGAAAGAGAAGGAGAAAGACAAGAAGAGCGAAGACAAAGUGGUCGAGAGCAAAACCGAGAGCAAGGAGGAGAAAACUGAAAGCAAUAAAGAAGAGAAGAGCAAGUAAAGACAUGCCCCUGCUCCAAACAUCCAAUUACAGAACUGGACUUUAAUUUAUUCACAAGUCAAUCAAUUCACCAUCUUCACAUCUUCAUCUUCAUUAUUAUUAUCAAUCCAUCUUUUACAUCUCGUACAUAGUUAUCUCACACAUUUCCACAGCAGCUGUACGUUCUUCAUGCACUGACCACUGAAUGUUCAGAAGAGCCUUAAUGUAGCUACAAUUUCUGAUAUACACCUUUAGAAAUGCAGAGCCCAUCUGUUGGUUCUGAAAUCAAACGCCAAAAAAUAAAAAUAAUAACUUUAAACUCGACUUUGGUACUAAAUGAAAAAAUCUGAGUUAAACGUGUGAAAACACGAGGUCAUUUAUAACCGGCGGUAACUGAGCUUACUAAAUUGUUAGUCCAGAAUGCUAAUCUAGCUAAUCUUCUUCACGUUUCUGAAAUCUUCCUACAAACAAAAAACAGAAGUAAUACUAUUUAUGACCCUUAAUGUUAGCUAUAAAUUCAAACAAUAAUUACAAAUGUCCUGAAAACAGGUCCUAAAAUCUUUUCGAAAAGCAAACUUUUCUCCCUCAUCAUAAAAUGCUAGCUAGCGUUAGCACAUCAGCCCUACUGAGUUGCACGUUAGUAACAGAGCAGCCCAAAAACUUUUACUGUAAUUAGCAAUGUUUCGUCAGAUAUAACUAUAAUAAUGUUUAGUAUUCCAUCUUAUUUUUUUUUUAUCUUAGCUUUAAGUAGCAUGUCAUCUGAAUGAUGGCAGUGAUGACACAAUAGUUAAAGUUUUGGGAUACUGAUCAGAAGCUUGGAGGUUUGAGCCCCACCACCAUCAAGCUGUCACUCUUGGACUUUUGAGCAAGAACGUUAACCCUCUUUGCUUCUGGAAUGGCUUAUCAUGGCUGACCCUGUGUUAAGAAAAAAAAGAAUUUCACUGUGACUGAUGUAUUGUUUAUGUGGCAAAAGAAGGCUGUUUAUAUAUAAGACGUUAGACUUCUGAUUGGAAGUUCUUAUCCCACUACCAAGAUGCCACCAUCAAAAAAUGCUUAGAUUAAUAAAGUGCGGUAAUGUGAGGAAAAAUUAAACUAAAAAAGUGAGAUAACUUGCUAGCGUUAAGAGCAUAUGCCAUAAACAUAUAUUUAAAGAUUUCAUAUAGAAAUGCUAAAUUGUCAUAAUAAUUUCAAGAACCCAACAAUAUUCCCCUAAACAUUAGCGAUAAUAACAGUUAUGUUAUACAGUAAUAACCUACACAAUAACUGUAGAAGUCGCAUACUUUAUGUUUAUACGUUUUACCUUCGAUUUGAGAGUUCAGAUUUUAAACAAAGCUGAUGAAGGACUUAACAUUUUUCUCACUAUGUAUACAUUUAUAUUUAAAUCAUCCAUAUAACCAAUGCUUAUCAUAUAUUUUAUGCUUUUUCUCCCCGUCAUGUAUUUAAUCACAAACAUUAUAUCUGUUUUUAUUGUGAUGAACAAAAAAAGUCACAAUAGCUCCAGCUUAUGGCAAAGUAUAAUAAAACACACUUGAGCUUUAAAGAGAAUGUAUGUGGAUUUGAAGUGUAGAUGCGAGAGCUUGCAUUGAUGCAUCGUCAGUUCAGGAAUGAAACUUUUAAAGAUUUCAAAGAAGUUGCUGCUAUUUAUUUAUUUAUUUUUUUUUUUAAUUUAUUUUUUUCUUUUUCUUUGUGGAAACUUUACCUCCUGUUGACUUGUUCAUUCAUAAUAAACCUUCUUGAACAUCAGCUUGUCAAGAACAACCUGGAAAAGAAAUGUCAAAAUAUAAAAACAUGGCCACGGCAUCACAUGAGCACGAGGACGCUUUCCGUGAGGCUACAAAUUAACAAAACAACCUGCUGAAAGCUGAUGACUUUAAAACACCCACUCUCUGCACAUGAUGGACAGACACAGAGACUAAUCUACUAGCUAUGGUCAAUAGAUAAGGAUUAUUACAUCACUGUAUAAACACACACACGCACACACACACACACACACACACAGAGCUAACUAACACUUUCAACACACCAGCAAAAGCAUUAAAAAACACUAAUAGCCACGAAGGAGGCAUUUAUUUUAUUAAUAUCAGUCUAAUGAAAGGAGGGAUGUCCUUCUUUUAAUACUUGUCCCCUAGAAAAAGGCAUGUACUUUAUUACUAUAAUUCCCAUGGAAGGAGACAUGUCCUUUAUUACUAUUUGUCCCAUAGGAGAAGGCAUGGCCUCUAUACUGUCAGUGGCAGUAAAGGAGGCGUGGCCUUUACCUUUUUUUAGUCACAUUGAAGGAGGCAUCACAUUUCUAGGAAGUGUGACUUUUUCAUUGGCUUUAGAAAAGAAGGUGUGUCCUUUUAUUUCUGCUAUUCACAGUGAAGGAGGUGUGGCCUCUGUACAUGUCAGUCCUAAAAAAGAAGGCGUGGUUUCUCUUUUUUCCAAUACCAAGAGGCGUGGCUUCUGUUUCUGCCAAUUUAAGUGAAGGAAGUGUGGACUUUGUUCUUUGUCCCUGACAAUAGAGGAGGUGUGGCCUUUAUGUUCAUGUCAGCUACAGUAAAAGGGGUGUGGCCUUAUUUAACACUUUGCAUAAAUCACUUCAUGUUACAUUAAAGCAGCUGCAUCGAGUCACAUUUCAUCAUCUGCUUUAAACGUUCGAGUCGAUGGGAGGUUCAGUUUAUCUGCAUGGCCUGCCUUUUAGAGCUUGCUGUAAGACGACAGAGGUCAGUUUUGCUUGCUGUGUGUGUAAAUAAAGCGAUAAAGUACGUACUGGAAAUGCCUUAAUGGUGAAUGAGAUGCUUUUCCACUUUCACACUGGAUCAAAAGUGCUUUCAGUCUUCCACUGAGAACGUUAGUGCUGCUCAAUUCACUCCAAGCCAAAUAAAGCUGUUUAUCAACCAGCA